AUGCACCAAAAAUCUAAAGAUCACAUUUUGAGUAUCAGUGACCUCAAGCUUAGAGAAAGCUUUCAACCGACAGUUUCAAAUGCAAAGAAGAACAUCGACAAUCAAACCCUGGAAAUUACAUGGAGGCAGAUUGUUCAGCUUAAAACAGUGUAUCUUAUGACUAAGAACGACGUUGCCGCUGAUAACUUUAUUCCAGUAAUGGAACUUCAGGCUGCGAACAGUUGCAGAGAUGCUUUGGUUUUUAGAAGAAACCUGAAAAUGUUUCAGAGAUUUCCUGGAAUUUGUAACAGUGCUAACCUUAGGACUCCCACUGUUCCCUCUGGGACCCUCAACCUUUGGUUAAAGGAGUCUGAGGGACUCCGAAAGGAAAAUAUUGAGGGAAAACCCUGAUCAGGCUCUUCCCAAGACCCCCUAACCAUGCACCUUGUCUGCUCCAUUUUCUUUAGUACUGCCACCAACCACUUUUAAUUACAGUCCUUGUCACUCACAUUGUCAGCACUAAUAAUGCUGUCGCUAACUCUUUAUCCUGUUUGCAGAUCUCCUGGUCCCGCUAUCUCGCAUCAGCAUCAGACCCGGGCCCAACCCCUGUCCCCCUCGACCAUUUGGCAGACCGUCUACCCUUCCUCCAAUCUCAGGAGAUUGUGGACUCAACCCACCACUCCUACCAGGCUGGUAUUUGGCGAUACUCUAACUUCUGUGGCUCCAGAGGAUGGCAAAGUUUCCUUGCCAUUGAGAUCACACUACGCUUCGCCUUCUUGGCUGACCAAGUCAGCUACAAGACCAUAAAGUUAUACAUGGCAGGCCUCCUUUUUAUACACACCAAAAACAGCCUACCAGACCCCUUCUCAUCAGCACCGCUCCUUCAUUUCCUCCUUCUUGGAAUCAAGUGCACCAUGGGGCUCUUAUCUUGUCAGCGCUUCCCUGUAACAAUGUCCCUUCUUCGACAGAUUAAGGAGGACCUAUCUCAUGCCUCUGAUUUCUGGCCAUCUGAUAAGCUGAUGUUGUGGUCGGCGUUUACAUUAGCCUUCCACUGCUUCCUCACCUUCAGUAUCACAAUUAAAUCCCCUAGUGCAUCUUUGCGCCACUGACAUCUCCUUCAUUUCUAAUGGGUGCCUCAUGUUGCAUCUCAAGUCAUCCAAGACUGACCCUUAUUGUCAGGGCUGUUUCUUAUUGAUUGCCGCCUCUCAUCGUUCAGUCUGGGUUGUCCACAACCUUCCAAAAGUACCUUGCUUGGCAUCCAACCGGCAGUGCAUCCCCUCUUUAGUUCUUCCAGUCUGGCAGCCACCUCACCAGAGCCAUAAAGUUACUAGUAUUCUUCGCACCCUCCUCCAGCAUCUUGGUAUCCCAAUAAAACUGUAUGCAUCCCACAGUUUUAGAAUCGGUGCAACCACCUCAGCAGCUGAAGCUGGCCUACCCCCUUGGCUGAUCCAAACACUCAGACAAUGGUCAAGCAACUGCUUCACUAUUUACAUUAGAACUCCGCCUUCUGUUCUUUAGAAGGUUCAAAGCCUCUUGGCUACCACAAAACCUCAGGUCAGGGGGCCUGGAACCUUCUACAAGGACGUUGCACUCCUACUUUUCCAAAGUCAGUUAGUUCACCAGGCACUAUUUGGGAUGUAAUUGGGAGCACACCUGCCACUCUUACCAGUGCAUAGCAGGCUGGGAGGGACCCCCACCCCACCUUAGUUUACUCAGUUAGUUGUCGCUGCCACCCUCAUUGCAUGACCCAGUUAAGGUUGUGUUGCUGCCACCCUCAUUGUAUUACUCAGUUUAGGGUGGGUUGCUGCCACCCUCAUUGUAUUACUCAGUUUAGGGUGGGUUGCUGCCACCCUCAUUUUAUUACCAGGGUGUGUUGCUGUCACCCUCAUUGUAUUACCCAGUUAAGGGUGUGUUGCUGCCACCCUCAUUGCAUUACCAGGGUGUCUUGCUGUCACCCUCAUUGCAUUACCCAGUUAAGGGUGUGUUGCUGCCACCCUCAUUGCAUUACCCAGUUAAGGGUGUGUUGCUGCCACCCUCAUUGCAUUACCAGUGUGUGUUGCUGUCACCCUCAUUGUAUUACCCAGUUAAGGGUGUGUUGCUGCCACCCUCAUUGCAUUACCAGGGUGUGUUGCUGUCACCCUCAUUGUAUUACCCAGUUAAGGGUGUGUUGCUGCCACCCUCAUUGCAUUACCAGGGUGUGUUGCUGUCACCCUCAUUGCAUGACCCAGUUAACCCAUUCGCUCCUGGAGAUUUUGCCGAAAAAUGCGUUUUGAAGCUAGUCGAGAGGUUUUCUGGUCACUGUCGUGCUAUAAAGAGCUAAAACUUACCACAAACCGGUUUACAGGUCGUACACUUGGCGGCCUUCUGAUCCAGAUGCAAAAUAUCAGCUUGCCAAGUUCGGGCAUGCGCAGAAAGCAAAAUUUCGAGAUAGUUUUUGGGUUUAAAAGUGACACAGCAGUCUUGACUUUUACUUUUUGCUUUCUCUCCUCCCUUCUUUUUUCGCUUUUCUUGCCUCAUUUUUUUUUCCCCUUGCUGGGCAUCUAGUAGGCUUCAUUUUGGUGGGAAGAGUUUUUAGGAAAGCUUUUAGGAUCUUAGGAUUAGGUGAAAGGAAAGGUUGGUGGGUAAUGGAACAAGAUUUUCAUGGAGAUUUUCAGGUCCUUGUCACAUGGUUUUUUGCUUCUUUCUCCGGUGUCCUUGACUGAAUUGUGCUCAUUCUGGUAUGGUUUGAAAGAUCUGUUCACUCUGCACAAGUUAGCGAAGAAAGUUGUCCUUGACCGUUAAAACUGUUGACGUCACAAAGGGUAGAAAGGACCUGGAUCCGCACGGGCGGUUACGGGCGGUUCAGGGGCUAAUGGGUUAAGGUUGUGUUGCUGCCACCCUCAUUGUAUUACUCAGUUUAGGGUCGGUUGCUGCCACCCUCAUUAUAUUACUCAGUUUAGGGUGGGUUGCUGCCACCCUCAUUGCAUUACCAGGGUGUGUUGCUGUCACCCUCAUUGCAUGACCCAGUUAAGGUUGUGUUGCUGCCACCCUCAUUGUAUUACUCAGUUUAGGGUCGGUUGCUGCCACCCUCAUUAUAUUACUCAGUUUAGGGUGAGUUGCUGCCACCCUCAUUGCAUUACCAGGGUGUGUUGCUGUCACCCUCAUUGCAUUACCCAGUUAAGGGUGUGUUGCUGCCACCCUCAUUGCAUUACCAGGGUGUCUUGCUGUCACCCUCAUUGCAUUACCCAGUUAAGGGUGUGUUGCUGCCACCCUCAUUGUAUUACUCAGUUUAGGGUCGGUUGCUGCCACCCUCAUUGCAUUACCCAGUUUAGGGUGUGUUGCUGCCACCUUAUUGCGUGCACCUUUGGGGUGA